AUGAGCGCAAUCAACAUCACAAACGUCGCCGUUUUAGAUAAUCCUGCUCCUUUCGUCAGCCCUUUUCAGUUCGAGAUUUCAUACGAGUGCUUGACAUCUCUCAAAGACGAUUUGGAAUGGAAACUGAUAUACGUAGGAUCAGCAGAAGAUGAGACAUACGAUCAACUUCUAGAGAGUGUACUCGUAGGACCUGUUAAUGUUGGCAACUACCGUUUUGUAUUGCAGGCUGAUCCUCCAGAUCCAUCAAAGAUCCGCGAGGAAGAUAUAAUCGGUGUCACGGUGCUGUUGCUGACAUGUUCUUAUACAGGUCAAGAGUUCUUGAGAGUUGGUUAUUAUGUGAACAAUGACUAUGGUGAUGAGCAGCUUAGGGAAGAGCCUCCGAGUAAGGUUUUGCUUGAUAAAGUACAGAGGAACAUACUCUCUGAUAAACCGAGAGUUACUAAAUUUCCUAUCAAUUUUCAUCCGGAAGACGAGCCUCCUGCAACCGCUCCUCCUCCUCCGAGUGAACCAUCUGAUGUCAAUGGUGAAGAAGCUCAAGUUUUGCCUUAG